AUGCACCUCAAUGGUGAUGAAGAGGACAAUGCGGGGCUGUAUCCCCAUAAUCCAUGCCUCACCGCCAAGACCAUGUCAGACGCUCUGAAAGGGGGCCAAACCUAUGCCAAACUGUGUUAUCGGAGGAUCAUUGCUCAGCAAGUCCUGAAGCAUGUUUUGAGACGGCCUAGAGGACCUGUUCCUGAUGAUGGCUAUGGCUGGAGGAACAAUACAGGUUCGCUUCUGCACUCUGGUGGGGUGCCCAUCCAUGACCUCAUGGACUUUAGUAUCGAUGUGACCGUGCGUUGCCAACCAACUACUGGCAUCGACUGA